GACUUCAAAGAGGUGGUGGUGCACGGAAUGCGCAUAUCCCCGGCCGUCUGCAAGUUACUGGCUUUCCUGAAGUACUACCAGGUUCCUUUCGCCUUCAAGAAGACAUUCGGCAAGAAGGGCUCCAAGUAUUACAAGAAGAUGCCUGUCAUGGAUGUGGCGGGGCGCCAGGUUAACGAUACCUUUAUCAUCCUAAAGAACAUGGUGCCCGCACUGGCAGGAUCUUUUGACAUGGAGUGGGAGACCAGAAUCACCUACCACUACCAGAU